AUGAUGGCCCAAUAUCUUUUAUUCCUUUAUGAGUUAAUUAUCCGUGUUCAUCCAAAACUCCAAAUCCCAGCUCCCUCGUUCUAUUUUAUCAUAAAAAAACCCUUGUCUCUUCGUUCAUCACCGAUCAAGAUCAACUCCAACCGGUUGUCCCCGCCUCCUCGCCGGUCAGCUGGUCGUCAGCUCGUCGCGGCCUCGCCGGUCGUGGUCGUCGCCCGUCGGCUCAUCACAGCGUCGCAGUCAUCCUCGUCAGUCGUCACACCUGUUGCAAUUUGGACUUCAAAGUUUGAAGUUCAAACUUGGCUUGACUUUGUUGAAUCAGUUGGGGAGUUAGAAAAGUAUUUUCAAGAAAGUGUUGAAGACGACUCAGAAAUGUUUAGUAUUCUAGAUUGGUGGAAAGUGAAUAGUCCAAGAUUCCCAAUUUUAUCAUUAAUGGCAAGAGAUGUGUUUUCCAUUCCCGUCUCAACCGUGGCUUUAAAAUCCGUUUUUAGCACUAGUGGGAGGGUGUUGGAUCCGUUUAGGAGUUCUUUGACUCCUAAGAUUGUUGAAAGUUUAAUUUGUACACAAGAUUAUAUUCGGGGUAGCAUAAGUGACACAAUCGAUUAUGAAAAUGAUUGGGAAGAAAAUCAACAAAUUGACAAAGAAUUGAGCAAGAUGAAGUAG